CUUAAAUACCGUGCUCGCCUUGUUGUUGCACUGAGACUGGAAACUUGUUCCAAGCGGGCAUCUCUUGUGCGUCUUUUUAUUUUGUUUUUUUCCCCCACCCCCUCUCUUCGUCCCGUGCGCUUUUGGUUUAUUCCUGACCGAGCAGCAUGCAGGUGUCUGUGGCCCUCCUCGUCUCCAGCGCGGCGCUCCUGCUGCUCCAGGGAUGCUGCACCGCCGUCAAGGGAUGGAAGGAAUUAAAAAAUGAUGCCACGGAGAUUUUACCGGAGUACAGGGAGAACGCACGGACGCCCCAGGAGGCGAUACCGCAGGCGAGCAGCGGCAACAGCAGCAGCAGCAGCGGCAGCAACACGCAGAAUAACAGGGCGAAAAACGGCGGCAGGGCGGCAAACACAGUCACCUACAGUGCCUCCGAGCUGAGCUGCAGGGAGCUUCGUUCGACCCGCUUCAUCACCGACGGAUCAUGCCGCAGCGCCAAACCCGUCAGGGAGCUGGUGUGCUCGGGCCAGUGCCUCCCGGCGCACCUCAUGCCCAACUCCAUCGUCCGCGGCAAGUGGUGGCGGAGCAGCGCCUCGGACUACCGCUGCAUCCCGGCGCACUCCCGGACGCGCCGGGUCCAGCUGCAGUGUCCCAACGGCAACACUCGGACUUACAAAAUCCGCGUGGUCACCUCCUGCAAGUGCAAGCGCUUCAGGCCUCACCACAACCAGUCGGUGGCCAAGGAGGUGCCGAAGACGCAACGCAACAAGAAGCACAGUCGCUUGUCUCAGGAUCGGAGCAAGAACAACACGCCGCUGACGGGCAACUCGUACUGACGCGGCUCUUUGAAGCAUCCAGAGACCGAAGCACACUCAUACGCACGCACAUGUUACACGACACAAAACAUAUCUCCUUCGAAUAGGAAGGAGGUGCAAGAGAAAAUUCAGAGAGAGCGAAUUCAUAAGCUAAUUGCUGGGCUGACUUUUAAGUCGUCAGUCUGUAUUUUUCAGUCACUCGUCAGCAUAUUUGUGAACUUCUUUUGCUUAUUUGCAUGACAAACGUGAGUCAGUGCCACGGCUUGCCGCGACGGUGAGUGGUCAGGAGAUGUAGCACCGCCUCCAUCUGAUCACUCCAACAGCUCAAAAACCUCCCUGGGCUGGGCUCGGUUCUCCACCCGAGCAAGAUUUCGCUUAAGCAGAAUGAGAAGUUCCUCCCCGAGGCUUCGGCACCAUCUGUGCAAACAUCCAGCGGCUCGGUUUAGAGCUGAGAAGGCGCAUCUUCGCUCCAGAGUGGUUGUAAUCUGUCUCCUUUCGGCUGGAGAUGGUGGCAGCUCGGGGGGCUCCGAUGGCGGGAUGUUGACAGGUUCUAAGAGGCCCAGUCUGCGCUCUCCGACAGCCCACUAAAGGCCUCACUCAUCGGGAAAGACCUACAGCGAUCUCCAGCCUCCGACUACACCUGCCGGGUUACGACAGCGCUUUUCCCAGAGAGAAACCGGUGGAGAAAGCGGUUCUGUCAAGGGGGGCAUUCCUGUGACUCCUCUUAAUUACUUUAAAUGAGCCCAUUCCUGUGUUAGGACUUGAGUCAUAAAAAGCCAUUUCCUCCAGCCAGUUCCUGUUUGCUGGAUUCACACACACACGAAAAGAAAAAAAAAAAGUGCACAUGGCGUGUAGGAGGCAUCAGAAAAUGUGCGCGGUUAUGUUGUUACCUAGGGGCAGAGCGCUCUCCAACACACCCACACUGGAAUUUUCUUUUUGUGCCGGGCCAACCGGAGCAGCGAUCGACGCAUCCGCAGCCAAAAACCCAUCUGUUGUGUCGAGCCUGCAGGAUUCACCGACACCUUCCACGCCUUCUCCGCUGUAAAUAGCUCAGACAGGAAUGAUAGGCAUAAAAAUAACAAAAAUGAAAACAAUAAUUGAGUUUUUUUUUUUUAUCAUUCUGUCGAGGAAGCGGCAACGACUCCCUCAGAAUUGGACAAUGAAGAAUCAUGUAUCUCGUCAGCACUGCGUUGUUUUGUUUUUUCUCUGUACUGGCUUCUUGUUUCCUCUCCAACUGUGUGUUUGAAAUAGCGACUGGAAGUGGGGUCUUGUCAUGUUUAGCGAGCGCUGCGAUGUGAUUGUACAUAUCAUACCCGUGUGGUCUUCUGUUGAGGAGGAGCUGGGAGGGAGGCGGGGCUGCUCUCUACAGACACUAAGAAGGACUGUUAUAAAGAAUGAACUGCAUAUUUAUUUUUUAAUUUCCACAUUUAAAUUAUUUAUGCAACCUUUUGUAGUUAAAUGAUAGCCAAUUAUUGUCAUAUAGUAUGAUAGAGACUUUGGAAGUGAGAAACUGUACAGUACAUGAAUAAAGUAAAGGCAGAUAUAUUUGAAA